AUGUCUACCCCGGCCGUCUUAUUUUUGCGUGUUCUUUCGACUCUCUUGAUUGUCCAUAUCGCCCCGGUUCGUGGGGCCCAAGAGAAGAUCCAACGUGAGGCCAACUCGGCUGCGCCUCGGUUAGUGAAUAAACCACUGCUAGCAAUUCAGAUUGGGAGCAUCGUCGGCGCCUACGUGAUCUUCGUCGCUGUCCUCCUAGCCCUACUUCUCUUCGUCGGACGUCGCCUGCGUCGGACUGUCCAGUCCUCCAACUAUACACUGCAUAUGGAGAUGCUGAAGCCCGUCAGACCACCUGUCAGCAUGGAUCCCAGCCCGGUUACCCCAAUGUCGCACAACCUGCCCAGUCCCAAGUCCAGUGGUUUCAGGUCCUGGGGCUCGUUGAACAGGAGUGUCAGACCCUCCCAGCCAUCCGUCAACGGCAGCAUGUUGACCAUCGACGAGUCGAUCGUCGCACACGAUAGACAACGAGCCCAGCAUGAUAUGGAGAUGCUCUACGCAGCUGUCAUGGAGCAUGAUGCCCAAAAGGCAUCCGGACUUGAUCUGUCCACCAGGGAACUGGAGUCCCAGGCACAGUCACCGGAUAGUCAACACACAAACCCGUUCGCCGACCGAGUCUCACAUGGCUCGGAGAACUCACUGACACCGCUGAAGUCCCCAACCAAGGGUUUCACCAGCUCCCGCUUAUCCAAGCUCUUCAACUCGGGUUCCCGUUCCACUUCAGAGUCAAGCAAAACGCGCGCGCCGCGCCUGGAUGUCCGCAAAUUGCCCAUAUCAUCUCCACUGGCCUCGCCGACCCCAGCCACACCCCAAGCGUAUGUGCCCGAAAACCCGCCUCUCUCGCCCCGGAUCUAUAACCCCGGUCCUCCUCCUAUGGUGCCGCAGCACCAGGCAAGCGGGUCUAUCCUGCCCCCUCCAGGCCGUGGCCGACCGCCUGCGCCUCUAACUCUCGCUACGCCCUCGCCUUCGUCAUCUCUGCCAUUCCGCGAGGCCUACCCGCUACAAAGUGCACCGGCUACCAAGACUACGAUCUUGGAACGUCCGGUCAAAAAUCGGCUGGGUCCUCUCACGGGAAUGGCCACUCCUUACAGUCCAUAUAUGCCAUUCACACCUGUAACACCCUUUACCCCCGGGCGUACAGUGACAAAGCGGCAACGGAAGCUAGAGGAGCGUGGCAACGGGCUACAGGUAUUAAAUGAGGAUGAUCUGGUUAAAGAUGAUGAUGCCAUCUGGGGAUGA